AUCGGUUGCGGAAGUAGAGCGGAAGCCGGGCAUCCCCUCUUCUCGAACCAUGCUUGAAUGGAGGUGACCUUAGUAUUUUUAUCAAAUAGUGAAGUGAAACAAAUUGGGCAAAGCUCUCCCUCCUCCGCUAAGGUGAAUCACGAUAGUCAGGUCCGGUUUGGAUUCUAAAUUGUCUUGAAUAUCAGUGAAGACUGCAGCAAAGUAGCAGAAGUAACAGAUAUGGCAGAAGCACAUCAGAUGCGCAUGCAGAAUGAGGUGGAAGAGAUGGUCCAGAGCCUGGAGAGGGACCACAUCCGUAAAAUGCAGGGUCGCAUGUUCAGCUGCAGCGCAGAGUGCUGUGACCGUCCCUCAGACUCCAUGUCUCAGGUGCAUCAGUGUAUCGACAGGUGUCACACUCCCCUGGCCAAAGCCCAGGGACUGGUCACCUCAGAGCUGGAGAAGUUUCAGGACCGUCUGACCAGAUGCACGAUGCACUGUAACGAUAAGGCGAAGGAUCUCUUUGACUCUGGCGCUAAGGAGCCGGCGGUUCGAUCGCUGGUGGAACGGUGUGUGGGUAGCUGUGUGGACGACCACAUCAACCUGAUCCCCAGCAUGACCCGCAGACUCAAAGAGAACUUGGACUCUAUACCACAGUGAGGACGACUAUGGCCUGUCCUAUAGACGGCCUGAGUUCUUUGCACUCACAUCAAAGCUAGUGUGGGGUUAAUAAACUCAGCCAGUGUGAGCGUGAAGCAACAGAAGAACAGGGGGCUGGAACACCGUGAAGGGUGGGGGAGUGAAGUUUAAAAUGGAUUAUGUGAUCCAAAGGAGAGUUGUAUCACGUUUGAGAAGCACUGGAGCUGGAUGUUAGUGUUAGUGUCAAGAUUUAAAGUGCGUUCUGUGAGGUUUGUUUUUGUACUUUGUGUAAUCGGCAAACAGAACCCUCCCUGGAUACCGGGAGCUGGACGUUUGUUAGAUCAGGAACUCAUCUUGUGUCAAAUCAUUGUUUGUUGAAACUCAAGGUGCUUUGCAUUUUAAGGAGACCUGAAAAAGUGCUUUCUUAAACAAUUGCAUAACCGAGUGACACGUUUUAAAAUAGUCCAAUCAACAUGAUUCUAAUAUAUAUAUAUGCAUCAAACCUUUCCAUAUUUAAUCCAAAGUGUUCCUCCUGUAUGAUCCCUCUCAUCCCUCCUUCUUCUCUUGUCAUUUUGCUGAGUUGUUGUGUAAUCUUCCGACCGCCCAUGUUAGGUUUGUCUGUCUGGAUUAAAAGUACUGUAAAAGUA